GCGCGUACGGCGUGCCGGCCGACUUCCCGGAAACGGCAUUUCCGCGGCAAAGGCGCGUUAACCCCUCUCCUCUCGCCUAAUUCUUAGGCCAGCUCGAGUUCGUUCCAUCGCCGCCGAUCAUCCUUAACUAGCUGGCUCCGAACCGCAGACCGCAAGUGGCGAGCAGCACAAGAAGUGAUCCCGAGAGCAUGGAGCAGACGCCGCCGGGGCCGGGGAAGAAGGCGAGGAAGCCAUACACCAUCAGCAGGCCCAGGGAGAGGUGGAGCCCCGACGAGCACGAGCGAUUCCUCGACGCCAUGCUCAGGUUCGGCCGCGACUGGAAGAAGAUCGAGGAGCACGUCCGAACCAAGACCACCGUACAGAUACGAAGCCAUGCCCAAAAGUACUUCCUCAAGGUGCAGAAGCUCGGGCUGCCGCCGCACCACCCGAUUCGCAGUCUCGGCAUGACGCAGUUGCAGGCGCCGGCCGGGAGCGGCGCGGUUCCCAGUCCGAUGACGGUGCUGCACGGCCAGCCGCACGAGUGUCCACCCGGUCUUCUUCAGAGUUCCAUCGGGUGGAGCUGCCCCGGCCUUCUUCCUGCGUCCAAUGACAUGCAGAGUUCGGACUGGGCAGACAGUUCAGGCCCUUCGUCCUGGGCGAGCCAUGGCGGAAACCCGACUGAUACACCCGGAGCAGCACAUCCAGGCGGCAGUUCUUCGUCAUCAUCCAUGGAUUGGGCUAGCACCGGAACCGGCAGCGCGAGCGAAGCAUCGGUGGACGAAACGAUUCCACUUCCGUUGUCGCCUGACGAUAUGCACUUCGCGCAGGUGUACCGGUUCGUGGGCGACGUGUUCGACCCGGCCACGCCGUGCCACAUCGAGGCUCACCUGCAGAGACUCAAGGACAUGGACGCCAUCACCGUCAAGACGAUCUUGCUGGUGCUGAGAAACCUGGAGGCCAACCUGACGGCGCCCCAGUUCGAGCCCAUCAGGAGGUUGCUGUCGAGGUAUGACCCGGGGCGACCCCUGUCUGGCCAGUUAUAAAGUACACAGAAAAUGCAACCUGAAAAGGAAAAACAUACUACUACAAGUGUAGUGCCUGCAGGACUGAAAGAACAACUAGUUGGGAAGUUGGAAUAGAUACAUACAGAUAUAUGUAGUCUAAUGGAAAUUAUAUAUAUAUUUUUUAAAUGUAGUCCAAUGGUGAUUCUUUUGAAGAGCUGGAUAUACAAAACGAGCAUUGUUUGUAGGGAGUUCGGGAGUUUGUGUUUCAGAGUUGAGACUGUCUAGCAGUAGCACUGUAUUACUGAUAUCCUUUUGGUGGACUUGAAAGUUGUAACAUGUGCUCAACGUCCCAGAAAAUGUAGGGAUUUUUUUUUACUGAAGACAGGAAAUAUAUGGAAUAUUUCACUGUAA